GUCGGGUGAUGGAAUUUAGAGAGUUGAAUGGCAAGGCCUUCUGGAAGAGGCAGCAGCAGCAGGAUCAGGCUUCAGAGUGGUGGCAGCUGCAGGAGAAACAGAUUAAGCAACACAAAGGGCAAGAGGACUCGUGGAGUGAGCCAACAAGGGACAGUGCGGGUAAUCAUCAGUAAUAAGAAAAAGUUCAAAAAGAAAUCAAAAGCUGGAACAAGGAAACAAGAGGGGUCUGAGUCUGGAUCCUCAGAGGAAUCAUCAUCAUCAGCAGCAGCAGCAGCUUCAGAGGCACCAUCUCCACCAAUCUCUAAAACCAACAAGACUAGUAGAAGACGACGACGAAGAGGACCAAAAUCGUUCCGAAGAAGAAGAACUACAUCGUCUGCGCCUGCAACAACCGCUCCAGUUGCAGCAGCAACAAGGGUUUCACUUUCAUGGCUAUCAUCUUCAGCAACAACACUAUCAGCAGCAGCAGCAGCAGCAAGAACAACUGCAGCACUUCUAUGGAAGAUUGGAUGGAGAAGCAUUAGACGCCCAAACCCAUACCCACCAGACCAAACCCCGCAAAAAGCGAUCUUACUUCCCAUCUGCAUCCCCUCCUACUACUACUGCUACUUUGGCAUCUUCUUCGGAGCAGCCGAGGGGUAUCGAAUAUGCGAGAUUGGGGGAGAAGAUGGAAGAGAGUCAGCACCACCAACCGUCGUCGAGAUUGGGGCUGAGAGCCGCCGCCGCUGCCAACGGAGGAGGAGGAGAGAUCGUAGAAGUGCAAGGAGGCCACAUUGUGCGAUCCACGGGGAGGAAAGACAGGCACAGCAAGGUCUGCACUGCAAAGGGUCCUCGCGACCGGAGGGUCCGCUUGUCUGCUCACACUGCCAUUCAGUUCUACGACGUUCAGGAUCGACUGGGCUACGACCGACCCAGCAAGGCCGUCGAUUGGCUCAUCAAGAAGGCCAAGGCCUCCAUAGACGAGCUCGCCCAGCGUCCUGCUUGGACCCCAACCACCACCACUAGCAGUGCUGCAGCUGCUCCUUCCGCCAACACUGCUACUAAUCCUGUCGACCAAGGCCACGAAGAGGAAAACAGACUUCAUUUCCUGUACAAAAGCGACGCUGCAGUAGUUGGUUCGAGUAAGAGGCCAAUGGCUGCUGCCGAGCCAGCGGGUUCUGGGUUUGGUUUUCAGCAGCAGCAGAUGAACAAUCCCAGCCAUAGCUCCAGCUUCCUUCCGCCUUCUCUAGACUCCGACUCCAUUGCCGACACCAUAAAAUCCUUCUUCCCAAUGGGCGCUGCUACAUCUUCGUAUUCCAUCAAUUUCCAGAAUUACCCACCAGACCUAAUCUCCAGAACCAGCAGCCAAGCCCAAGAUCUUCGUCUCUCCCUUCAGUCAUUACAAGACCCAAUUCUUCUCCACCAGCAGCAGCCACACCACCAUCCACAGCCUAAUCCUUCGGCCGAACAGGACCUUUUCUCUUGUUCAGCUCCUUUGGCAUUUGAUUCUACCUCCGACGCUUGGUCUGAGCAGCCGCAGCAGCAGCAGCAGACAGCGACGGACACACAAUAUCAGAGAACGGUCUCUUGGAAUGCCGGAACGGAUACAAGCAGCAGCUCAGGAGGAGGUGAAGGAGGAUUCGUCUUCCAUUCACCGCCGCUGCCGCAACCGUCUCUGGGCCAAAGCCAGUUCUUUUCACAGAGGGGACCCCUUCAGUCCAGUAACUCACCUUCAGUUCGCGCUUGGAUAGACCCGCAGAUUUCCGCCUCCGAUCAUCAUCAUAAUCAUCUGGCAGCUUCAAUCCAUCAUCGAUCGUCCAUCUCUGGCAACGGAUUUGCCUCCGGCGGAUUUUCUGGCUUCCGCAUCCCUGCACGAAUUCAAGGUGAAGAGGAGCACGACGCUGUCUCCGACAAGCCGUCCUCUGCCUCCUCUGCUUCUCGCCAUUGAGUGAACAAACUGGAAUUCUCCCUUCGCCUGGGAUUCUCUAUCGUGAUGGAGCUUUUCAUGAAACGAGCUGUGGUAGGAAUCUGUAAAGAGGAGGAAGAAGGGAGGGGAGAUUUUCGGUUUCUUGCACCAAUGGCUGACCGUGGGAAGAAGAGAUCUGUGUCACUAUGUGGAUUCAGGUUGUUUUAUCCCCGGUUAGCUUGCAUGAGUUUGUUAAUUUUAUGUUUCUAACUUUCCUGUUUAGAUGAGCUCUGUGAGCUCUACUUUGUUCAAUCUUUGUUUGAUUUCUCUGCUACUGUGAGACUUGGAAUUCUGUUUUGGAUGUCUUUCCUUAAUGUUUAGUUUUGUGAGGAAAAGAAAGACUUGUUUGUUCUAAU